AAGCUUAAAGAUAUGUGUUGUGAAGCCCCAGUGCUAGCCUACUAUGACGUCAGAAAAGAUGUGACCAUACACUGUGACGCCAGCAAGAGCGCAGUGGGUGCUGUCCUACUGCAAGAUGGAAAGCCGAUAGCCUAUGCAUCCCGAAAACUUGGAGCAUCAGAGCUUAAUUGGGCACCAAUAGAGAAGGAAAUGCUGGCAAUCGUGUUCAGUACACAGAAAUUCAGAGAGUAAAUUCUGGGAAAAGAGACUUUGGUCCAGACUGACCAUAAACCCCUAGAAAUGAUACUGCGCAAGCCCAUAGCAACAGCACCAUUACGAUUCCAGGCAAUGACGCUGAAAGUAAGUGGCUAUGAUCUAAAAGUGGAAUAUCUUCCAGGCAAGAAUCAAAUCCUCGCAGACACCCUCAGCCGAGCAAGUCUAAAUGAGGCACCACCGGAAGAAGAAGGGAUACAAGUAAACAUGUUGAAAAGAAUCUCGAUUUCUGAACCGAAGUAUGCAGAACUUCAACAAGACACAGCAAAUGAGCUCCACGAGCUGUAUGCUAUGAUUCAAGCUGGUUGGCCAGAAACUAAGCAACAAGUCCCACACAGGAUCCGCCAAUACUGGGACACCCGGGAUGAGCUUGCUAUACUGGAUGGAGUAACGUACCGAGGAAUGAGAAUAAUACUGCCCCCGUCGACGUGGCCAGCCAUGCUGGAGAUAAUACAUGGAACACACCUGGGAAUUGUAAAGUGUAAGCAAAGAGCCAAGGAAGCCCUCUACUGGCCCGGCAUGAGUGCGCAGAUAGAAGAAAACGUGAAGGACUGUACCAUAUGUCGUGACUAUGCCCCUGCACAGCAGAAAGAGCCCCUGAUACCAAGCCUUGUCCCAGACCUGCCUUGGGAAAUGGGCGCUUCGGACAUAUUUACCUUUCAAGGUGAACAUUACCUGUUGCUAGUUGAUUAUUAUUCUAAGUUCAUCGAAAUGACCAAACCGAAGGAUCUCACAUCCCAGGUGACCGUUGGAGUCCUAAAAGAACAUUUCAGUUGGCAUGGCAUCCCCGCAAAGCUGGUCACUGACUGUGGCAGCCAGUACACAAGUAAAGAAUUUGAGACCUUUGCUAAAAGCUACAGCUUUGAACACAUCCUGGUAAGCCCAAAGCACCCCAAGGCGAAUGGAGAAGCGGAGGCCGCAGUCAAAACAGUGAAGUCUCUAUGGAGAAAGAACAAAUACAAGAAAAAAGCACUCCUUGAGUACCGAGCGUCCCCGUUUCCAGGAAUUGACCUGUCCCCGUCACAGCUCUCUACGGGACGCAGACUACGAACAACACUACCAAUAGCACGUAGCCCACUAGAACCUGAAACACACAACACCCAGAGGAUAAAGGCAAGAAUGAAACAUAGCAAGGAUAAGCGAAAGUACCGCCGGGACUGA